AUGGACUGUGUGCUUGAUGGAAACUGCGUUAAAGCGUUUGGAAAGGCUAUUCAUGCCCUGUCCCGGAUUGGAGAUGAACUGUGGUUGGAUCCUAUGGUCAGAGGGCUGGCACUCCGAUCAGUGAAUUCUGCUCAUUCUGCAUACGCCUGCUUCCUCUUCUCGCCGCUGUUCUUCCAGCAGUACAACCUGGGAUCAGUAUCAGAAGAGGGCAAUGAAACAAUCAAAUGCAAGCUGGUCAUUAAGUCUGUGCUGCCACUUUUCCGGUGUUUGAGUUCCAUUGAGCGUAAUGUGAAACGAUGCCAGAUAUCAAUCAGCGCUCCCUGUGAUCGAGUGAUGAUCCGGUUUUUCUGCAGACAUGGCAUCACCAAAACCCAUAAUGUACGUUUCCAGGAAAGCGAGGCUCUCCAGGCAGUGUUUGCCUCACACCUGUGUCCCAAUGUGCUGAAGGCUCCUGCCAGGCUUCUUGGUGACAUGGUGACGCAUUUCCCAGUGUCUCAAGAAGAAAUCACUCUGUCUAUGACUUCUCUGAGAGUCAGUCUGAGAAAUUACUUUGAGGGAGCAAAGGAUCACAUAAAGACGAUGCAUACUGAGAUAUCCUUACACCCAGAGGAGUUUGACUACUUUCAGGUCGGAGUGGACUCAGACAUAACCUUCUGUCUGAAGGAGUUGAGGGGUUUAUUGGCCUUUGCAGAGUCGCAUUGCCUUCCAGUGUCAGUUCACUCUAGUGCUACAGGAAGGCCUGUGUGCUUCUCAGUGGAGGACAUGGUUCUUGAGGCCACUGUGGUGCUGGCUACUCUGAUUGACUCUGAAAUCAGGGGUCCUUCUCAGCCUACAGAGACCCCGGUACCCACUACACCCAGGUGGAUCCUGUUACAACAGUUUCAGCCCGACUGUUCAACAUCUGGGUCAUUUGUUGCCCGAUUUGCUUCUUGUCAUAGAGAGGAGUGUGUUGUGUGUGUUCCCAGGUGUGUACAUGCUGCUACUUUACCUGUGGGUUCCUGUGAGGCACGCAGCAACAUACCUCAUGAUAUUACGGCUGUGACAGAGCUGGUAACAUCCAGCCAGGACAGCCCUAUAAUCAACCCACCUGCUCUGAUGCAACUUCUGCCUCAGACUGACAUUCCUAAUGAGUUCUGUGUGCCUGAUGCAGCCUGUCCCAGCACCAGCACAACUCCUGCUUCCACUGUGAUCUGCUCCCUCCUGUUCAGGGCCUUGUCUUCAGAUGAGGAUGAUGAUAGUUGUGCUGCAGGACUGAAUGUCCUGGCAUGUUACAGCGAUGGAGAGGAGACUAUGGAGGAUUAUCCAAGAAGCUUUUUACUCGGAGAGGUUACACAAGAUGCAUUGCACAUCUUAACUUUUUGUGAUGUUGCCCAAAGUAGGUCAAAAUAAUCUGUGGUCACAAUGAUAAGAUCUAAAUGUAAUUCUAAGCUUACUGUUUGUAGCGCAAAGGUUGCUUUGCUUUGCUUGUUUUCAAACCGUUGUCUUCCAGCAAAGUAUGUUUCAACUAAUAUGCAGUUUUAAUGUUUUGCCAAUUUUUUUGUAAUUGUCAUAGUAUGUAAUAUAAAAAUACAAUUGUUUUCAUCUGUGAAAAGAUUACCUUCGCUUGAAGAUGCCACACCUGUCUGUUGGUGGUAGCUUGUAGUAUGCUUGAUGUCUAAGGAAUGUGGAAGUAUGCAUAAAAUGUACAAAGUGUUCAUGAGCAUUAUCUUAUUCUGGCCUUCACAGCAGCCUGAGUUCACUGAGGUAAACACUGCAUCAGUGCUAAAUGUGAUAAUGCCUUGGUGGGAAAAUAAAGCCCGAGAGGCAUCCAGGCUGCACCUGUGAAGAAAACGCUUUUGCAGUGUAUUGUUCAACACUCAAAGCUUGCCAAAUACUGUUCUUAACGAAACCAACUGCAGGAUUACUGUAUUACAUCCAUCAAAUAAAGCAGGA